GUCGAGAUGUCUCGUGUUAUUUAGAGCCUCAUGAUUCAGUUUAUAGUACUGGCGGUGUUGUAUAAGUGGGUCCUUUGUGGUGCCGCUACGAUACAUGGAAGAUACACAAAAUCCAUAAAAGAUUACCACCUAUCGAUUCCGCAUAAGCUUACGCCGGAUGGUGAAUUUUCAACUUUUUAUUUGCCUCAUUACCACGACCAUAAAAUGGAACGGUACAAGGAUAGGCAAAAACGCACAGCAGAUGAUCCAGAAAUGAUUCAUUAUGGUAUUCUAAUAAACGAUGAUUUGCAUCAUCUCGAACUAUGGCCCAACAGACAAUUUUUACAUCCCGGUUUAGUAGCUGAAAGUAGAGACCCAGAAGUCGAUAUUAAAAAACGACAAGUCAGGACUUUGAAAAAUAAGAGACUUUGUCAUUACACUGGACGAGUUAAAGACAUGCCUGAAUCCAGAGCGGCCCUUUCGACUUGUGACGGUUUGGCAGGCUAUAUUGUUAUCAACAACAAAAAGUACUACAUUGAACCUGUUGAUGAACAUUCUCCGAAUUCCAAGGGACAUCACUUACACGUUGUCUAUGAUAGAGCGCCUAAUGAUAAUAGGCAUUUUUGUGGCACAAAUACGUCUUGGGAAGAAGCUAUUAAGAAUAGAUUUAGGGAAGAACUCAAGAAAGGCAAAGAUAUAUUUAAAGAAAAAAGGACCGCUCCUACUUCAGACAGAUAUUUGGAAGUAGGUGUAAUAUGUGACAAGAAAUUUAUGCUUCAUCAUAAAGGCAAAGAUGUAGAGUUGUAUGUGAUGACAAUCAUGAACAUGGUUUCCGAUUAUUAUCAUGACUCGUCAGUAGGCCACCAAAUUGACGUAGUUAUCGUGCGAAUAAUUUAUCUCGAAAAAGAAGAAGAAGAAAUCGAUUUAGAAAUCAACAAAGACGCUGGUAAAACUCUGAGAAGCUUUUGUGAUUGGGCUAUUAAAAUCAAUAAUCCCGAAGAUAGCUCUAAUCAUUAUGAUAUGGCUCUAUUACUCACCAGGUACGAUCUAUGCGGAGACGGCGAGAAAGACUGUGACCUUACCGGCUUGGCCUACGUCGGUGGAGCAUGUUCUGAACGCGAACAAUGCGGUAUCAACGAAGAUGGUGGACUUGUGCUUAGUGUUAUUGUUGCUCAUGAAAUUGGCCAUUUGAUGGGUUCCGAUCAUGAUGGACAGGAAACGUCGUGCUCAGUACAAGAUAGUGAUGGUUCGUAUUUUGUAAUGUCGCCCACAGUUAGUACCUACACUUUGCGUUGGUCGUCGUGUAGCAGGAACAUGAUAACUGCUUUAUUGGAUAACAAUCUGGGCCAAUGUCUGAGCGACAUCCCCGACUUCAAUUUGUACCCAUUCAGCGACAAUAUGCCCGGCGUCGUCUACGAUGCCAGCGAACAAUGCAAGUUUAUGCUACCCGCAAGUACGGGAGUUUGCAAAGGAUUAAAGGAGAAAGUUUGCGAACAUCUUGUAUGCCAAAUUAACAAAAAGGAAUGUGUCGGAAAAAACGAUAUAGCUGCUGACGGAACGAAGUGUGGAGAGAAUAAGUGGUGCUUCAAAAAGAAGUGCAUCGAAAUGGGUGCAAGACCUGAAGCUAUCAAUGGAGGAUGGGGCGAUUGGGGUUCUUGGACAGAUUGUACAAGAACCUGCGGAGGAGGUGUUUCUUAUUCUGAGAGAGACUGUAAUAAUCCGGUACCUGCAAAUAAGGGAAGAUUUUGUCAAGGGGAGAGGCGCAAAAUUAAAAUUUGCAAUCCGACGCCGUGCCUUGAUGAUUCACCAACGUUCCGUCAACAACAAUGCUCCGAGCAAGACCCGAAGCCAUGGAAUAAUCAGUUUCAUACUUGGACAUCCAGUUUUGAUGAAAGCAAACCUUGCGCUUUGUAUUGCGUCAACGAAGAAAAUGUUUUGAGCAUGCUCGAAGCUGUUGUUAAAGAUGGAACUCCUUGCAAACUUGGUACUAGGAAUAUGUGUAUUUCUGGAGUAUGUAGACUAGUAGGCUGUGAUAGUGUCCUCGACUCCGAAGCUGUUGAAGAUCUUUGCGGAGUUUGUAAUGGCGAUGGAACUCAAUGUAGAAUUAUAGAAGCGACUUACAAAGAUAUUGGAAAUGGUUACACCAAAGUUGUCGUAAUACCUGCUGGAUCAAAAAACGUGAAAGUUGAAGAAAUGGCACCAUCUAUCAAUAUUAUAGCUAUUUCUGAUAGCACUGAAAAGAAAUUUUAUUUAAAUGGAGACAGUACUGAAUCUGAAGAUGGAGAAUACAAAAUCGGCAAAAAUAUAGGAGUAUACACUCACAUAGAGCCUAGGAGAGAGAGGUUUGUCAUGCGCGGGCCUGUUAAAGAGGAUAUAGUGCUAUUUAUUGCAUUUUUUGAACAAGAAAAUCCAGGGUAUACUUAUAGUUGGGCUGAACCUAGCAUUGAUUCAACAUACGAACCACAUUAUCAUUGGGAAAUUGGAGAGUACGGUGACUGUUCUCUUAUUUGCGGUGGUGGUACCCAAAUAGCAACCAUAAAUUGCAUGGAAGAAAAAGCUGGAAAAGUUAGCUCUAACUUCUGUUCCGGAUUAGAUCAACCUAAAGCCGUGACAAAAAAUUGCAACGAACAACCAUGCAAAAAGAAAUGGAAAGUUGGUGCUUGGGGCCAAUGCAGAGCCUGUAAAAACAAGGGUGGCGUUAGGGCGAGGCCUGUUGAGUGUGUUCAGGAAACAUCCAAAAAAGGAGCUGAUGAUAUUAUUCUUGAAGAUUCAGAAUGUGAAGGUCAAAAACCAGGUUCUGUUGAGCUUUGUGAAACCGCUGAACUAUGUGCAAGAAAAAGGAUGAUUUCUUAUAUUCCAAGGCAAUAUCAGAAAAGUAUCUGGGCUCAGAUGAAUAAAAUAUUCUCCUGGAAAAAGAGAAAUGCUAGAAAUAUUACACAAGCUAAAGAUGGAAUCAAUGGUGAAUCAAAACACAUUGGUCAGAUGGUUCAUGAUUUUAAACCAUUAGACGAACAAGUCGUUAUAAAAUACACAGUGAAGCCCAAUCCAAUGAAUACAAAUCUUUCUGAUAACGCAAACGCACAAGUUGGCGAUGCGUUGAGCGAUGUAAUUGAUUUGGAGCACAAGACUGUUUUCAAAGGCAAAGAUGCUGCUAAACUAAAGCACGUUCUUCAAAAUACUUCAAAUGGCACAUUGAAGUUCAGUUGUCAUAAAAAAGAUGGUAAGAACUGAAACUUGAGAAAAACUACGUGAAGGAGACAGAUAGUAGGUUGGACCUUUUUAUGAAUUACCUAUUUAUUAAGUUUUAUUUUAUAUUAUUUUAUACAAAAUAUUUGAUAUUUACAGUAAAAUAAAC